UUGGAGAUCAACUUUUGACCGCUAAGUAUUAUUAUUGGACACAAACAAAAUUAUCUCUAGUUUUUCGGCGGUCGUCAGUCAGUAAACUUUCAAGAUGGAGUCGCUAAAGAAGCUACUCAUUCUCAGUGUCCUAGCUGCGGUAGCGGCAGACUUCACCGCCCACUGUCCUCCGAUGUGCUUAUGCUCGUGGGCCGCCGGUAACAAGCAGGCUGCCUGCUCCAACGCCAACCUUACGUACCUCCCGAAAUGCCUCAGCACGGAAAUACAGAUACUAGACCUUUCCCACAACACCCUCCAUGAAAUUAACCGACACGCAUUCCAGGACGCUCAACUAAUCAACCUAAAGAAACUUUUCCUCAGAGACUGCCAACUUCAGACCAUACAUAAACACAGUUUUAAAGGUCUCGCUAUCAUGAUCGAACUCGAUCUAUCAAAGAACAAUCUUAAAGAACUACACUCCGAAACCUUCAGCGAAACCACCAAGAUUAGAUCUCUACUCAACUACUCAACGACAAUCAACUGGACACUCUCAGCGACAGCUUGUUCGAUAACCUACCAUUCUUGCAGAAGGUUGACCUAAGCAAUAAUAAGAUUAAACAAAUAGGAUUGACAACUUUCCAGAA